AUGAGUGAACUUCUCAGCUCUAGUGGGUUCACUUUGCAUAACACUUGCAUAAUUGAAGUUGAGAUAUCAGUCAGCCAUUCAGAAGAUGAGAAACAAAUUGAUCAUGUGCAAGUUUGUGAUGAGCUCAUUGAUUUCAGAGGUUUAGGGAAAAUAGAGAAAGCUUUUGUGCCACUGCUAGAGCAAGUUUGUACAUGGUAUCCCUCACUGGUUGAGUGCCAGCAGAAGAGAAGUCCUAGGUUCAGAGAAUGGGCAUUCACUACACUUGGCGAGGUUCUACACUUUCUGAAAACUAAGAAGGUGAAAGAUAUGAAUGAAGAUUUAUGUAAUCAUCUUCAGAGAUUGUGGGAGGAGCUGGAGACAUUUAAAUUUGAUUUGUCCUGGCUGGAACCUCAUUUGGAACAUGCUUUAAACAUGAAAAGUUAUAUAAGCAGAGCUGAAGAGGUGAAAAAGAUGAAGGAGAAUGCAGCUGCUCUAGAAAUGGAACUUGAAAAAGCAAGGAGAGACUUGGUGAGAGCAGAAGAAGGCAUUGAAUAG